AUGCAUGUGUGCUCCUGGGGCACGCCUGGGCUGGCCACAGAGGGCCACGGGCCAGCACUGGAUUUGCAGGAGAGGUCUGUGUGCUCCUCUCCCCAGGAUGGUCGCUGGUGCAGAGGAAGGUCAGCGGCUGUCCCCUUUGGGUGGACACCCGCAUUGCUCCUGGGCUCGCUCUGGAACAGGCGAUACCGGUGCCUUGCCUCAGCCCGCACUGUGCCUCUGGGAGAGAGACCUGUGUUUGGGCUGCCACUGCAGACGGGAUCCUGGGUCUCCUUGGCCAAUCCCAGGACCAAACUGGGAGGGUUGACCCUCGGAGUCACCCCAGAAGGCCUGGGGCGGGAGAGACCUGGCACCAGUGAAAGGCCUGUGUGCAGGUGCUGUGCAAGUUGCUCGGAGAAGGAAGGUGAUCCUGUCUCUGUUCUUGCCUCUGACGAUGUCACAAGUCAGCAGGGGCCAUGGGUGCAUCUUGCGCUGUCUUGUGAUCUGGACAAGAGUUGCCUGCUGAGGCUGCAGAUCAAGGAAGACUCCAAGGAAGAGGAUGAAGUGGAGCUUGCUGACGAUGACCCCAUUUACCCUGACUCCGAAGGAGGGAAGCAGGGCCCUGCCAAGAUGCCUCAUGUGACAGCCCGAUACGCACAAACUGUGAGACUGUGGGAACUGGCCCUGGCUGUCGUCUCCUACAGAACAGUGUUUUUGGCUGUGACUAGAAGUGCACCCUCUGGCUGGGGUAGCCAUCGAAGACUCAGUGAAGCUCUUGCGGUGUCCGCUCGCAGCCGUUACACACUCGCUGUUCAGCUACCGCGGAAGUGCUCAGUCAUUCACGGACGCCAGGCCUCAGGGGCUUCGGACCUCAGAAUCCACAUGGCCUGCGGAGUAGCUGGCCGGGCCCAGACUGGGCCUUCUCUGUCUGCAAUGGGCAGACAAGGGCCUUCUCUGGCGGCUCUGUCCUCUCACCUCUCCCCAUCUCACCAGCGUGCGGUUCUGGCAAAGGGUAGCAACAUAUUUAGAAGUUCCAUUUCUCUAAAUUAAAUAAAAGCACAAUU